AUCGGUUCAACAAUGAAAAUAAUGAAAAUUUCACGUCAUCCACGCUGUCUGAAAUAAAAUAUCGCAACAUUCGAAGUAACGUGCUUGCCGUCCACCGUCAAUUUGCUGUCUCUGGCAUAUUACGUCGACUGCCUCGAACAAUUUGUGUUACAAGCUGCACAGAUUGUAGAGCCCCGAGAUUAAGGCAUCAAUUUGUGGCUGGAAUUUGUGGUAGGUCCCAUAAGGGGCCCCAGUAUUAUCAUCCAAAAUUAAGUCUUGGGCAACCUAUUCUCUUCAGUCAGUUCUAUAACGAUAACCUUGCUGCGUGGACACAUCCAGGCACUACCGAGUCAUCCGAAGAGCACACAACUAAAGCGAUUGCCGAAGAGGAACAUAGAGUGAACAAUAAUUCGGCGGAGAUGACACUACCAAGUGCGGCUCGCGUUUACACAGACGUAAACGCCCACAAGCCAGACGAAUAUUGGGAUUAUGAGAAUUAUGUAGUCGACUGGGGCAACCAAGACGAUUACCAGUUGGUGCGCAAGUUAGGGCGUGGCAAGUACUCUGAGGUGUUCGAGGCUAUCAACAUAACAACAACUGAGAAAUGCGUUGUGAAAAUAUUGAAGCCUGUGAAAAAAAAGAAGAUAAAGCGCGAAAUUAAGAUUUUGGAAAACUUGCGUGGGGGCACCAACAUAAUAACGCUCCUUGCUGUCGUCAAAGACCCAGUAUCCCGAACUCCAGCACUGAUAUUUGAGCAUGUGAACAAUACAGAUUUCAAACAACUCUACCAAACACUAACAGACUACGAGAUACGCUACUAUUUAUUCGAGCUACUUAAGGCACUCGACUAUUGCCACAGCAUGGGAAUAAUGCAUCGCGACGUAAAGCCACACAACGUGAUGAUAGAUCAUGAAAAUAGGAAGUUGCGUCUCAUUGAUUGGGGUCUAGCUGAGUUUUAUCAUCCUGGUCAGGAGUAUAAUGUAAGAGUGGCGUCCCGCUACUUUAAGGGUCCCGAGCUCCUUGUCGAUUAUCAAAUGUACGAUUAUUCGCUAGACAUGUGGUCGUUGGGAUGCAUGCUUGCGUCUAUGAUUUUCCGCAAAGAGCCAUUCUUCCAUGGCCAUGACAACUAUGAUCAACUUGUGCGAAUUGCUAAGGUGCUGGGCACCGAAGAACUGUACGCGUAUCUUGAUAAGUACAACAUUGAUCUAGAUCCGCGAUUUCACGAUAUUUUGCAGCGCCAUUCCCGCAAGCGCUGGGAACGAUUUGUUCAUUCUGAUAACCAACAUUUAGUGUCUCCAGAAGCAUUAGACUUCCUUGAUAAGCUAUUGCGUUAUGAUCACGUUGACCGUCUUACAGCUCGUGAGGCUAUGGCGCAUCCAUACUUUUUGCCAAUAGUUAACGGACAGGUGAAUCCCAGUCAGCAAUAGACACGGAUUUACACUAUAAUGUAUACAAACUUUUGUCGAGACAGCACGGUAACAGUUACGAGGACGGGUACGAGUACUUUGAAAGGAAAAAAUCGUUAUGUGCUCAAUCUAAAAAGAUGAAUAAGGAUCAAAUUCAAUAAUAUGCAUCGACCCACAGACCGGAACCAUAAAUUAAUGGACAUUCACCGAUUGCACUCAAAUAUAACAACAGUCAGUAAAAGAAAAGGUUAUUUGAAUUAUAAUUUUUGCAAAAUAUAAAACGACAGUGAUUAUAAAAGUACUCAAGUACUUCCAUAUACAACAUUUUCAAAUAUUUCUGUUUAAAAACUCAUACAUGCACAUGCUUAAGAAUGAACAUCAGGCUACAUUAUAAUUAACAUAUAUUUAUACCAAUAAUUAUAAAUAUAAUUCAAUAAAAUCUCCAUUUCUUACAAAAGCUAA